GCGGCGGCGGCGGCUGCGACCAGCGCCCGCAGCAGCUCGGAGCGCCUUCGGGAGAAGAGGAGGCGAGCCGGGCGGCGCUUCACCGCCAGCCGAUCUCCGGGCGCCGACAGCGAUCCGGGCUGGGCGGGAGCCGGGGGAGAGCUGGGACGUGGCUGCCACCUCCGCCCGCAGACGCCAGGCGGGCAGGGCCGGUGGCGCCUGAGAGUGCGGGUCCGCGGCGCGCGCCCCCGCCGCCCCUCCGCGCCGCCCUGAACGCUGGAGGUGUGCGUGGCUGCGGCCGCGGCGGCUGCGGCGGCAGCGGCGGGAGCCGCGAGUCGGGGCCGCCCGGGCUGUGCUUCGCCGGGGCAGCAGCGGCGGUGGCGGCGACCGCGCCGGUGGUUCAGGAUGCGGCCGGGGGGCGCACUGUUCGCCCUGCUCGCCAGCCUGCUGCUGCUGCUGCUGCUUCGCCUGCUCUGGUGCUGGACCGACGCGCCCGCCCGUUCCAGGUUCUUGGUGGAAGAAAGCAGGGAGGCCACCUAUAGCAGCCCCGCUGCUCCGAGGAAGCUCCGGAGCUCGACGACCCUGCCCCCGCGCACGGGGAACAGCACAUAUCUGAAUGAGAAGUCCCUCCACCUGAUGGAGCGAUGCCAAAAUCUGCAAGCGGGCUUGGAGAGUUUAUCUAACAGAACAGGAAAGUAUUCAGAAGAUGACUAUCUUCAGAUUAUCACAAAUAUCCAAAGCUGCCCAUGGAAACGACAAGUAGAAGAAUAUGAGAAUUUUAGAGCAAAACUAGCUUCCUGCUGUGAUGCUGUUCAAAACUUCAUUGUUUCUCAAAACAACACUCCCAUCGGAACCAACAUGACCUAUGAGGUGGAAAGUAAAAGCAAAAUCCAAAUUAAAGAAGACAUUUUUGAUAUGUUGCCAGUGUUUCAACCUUUUGUGGGAUAUUCUUUUAAUCAGUGUGCAGUGGUUGGAAACGGAGGAAUUCUAAAUCAGUCUCUCUGUGGAGCUGAAAUCGAUAAAUCUGACUUCGUUUUUAGGUGUAAUCUCCCCCCAACCACAGGAAAUGUUACCAAUGAUGUUGGCACUAAAACCAACCUGGUGACUCUAAAUCCUAGUAUUAUAAAGCUAAGAUAUGGGAACUUAAAGGAAAAGAAAGCAAUAUUUCUGGAGGACGUUGCAGCCUAUGGAGAUGCUUUCGUUCUUCUGCCUGCGUUUUCCUUCAGGGCCAAUACCGUGGCCUCUUUUAAAGUGUACUACACACUGAAGGAAUCUAAAGCAAGACAAAAGGCUUUAUUUUUCCAUCCCAAGUACCUGAAAAACCUUGCACUCUUCUGGAGGACUAAAGGUGUGACGGAGUAUCGCCUGUCCUCUGGCUUGAUGAUCACAAGUGUGGCGGUCGAGCUGUGUGAGAACGUGAAGCUGUAUGGAUUCUGGCCCUUCUCUAGAACUGGAGAGAACAUGCCUGUCAGCCAUCACUACUACGACAAUAAGUUACCUAAACGCGGUUUCCAUGAGAUGCCCAAAGAGUAUAGACAAAUUCUCCAGCUUCACGUGAAAGGCAUCCUCAAGUUACAGUUUAGCAAAUGUGAAACAGCCUGAACCAAAUGCCUUUAAAUGGGCAUCAUGUUCACAUAAUGCAGUUGGUGAGUAACAAUAUUCCCAAACACCGAGAGAGAUGGUUGUAGUG